UGAUGGAUCUCCACAAGAAGAUGUACCCAGAUUCCCGCACAGCAGCUGAAACUUCUCUACGCAGAAAAAAAGGAGCCGCUACCGUACAUGUUCUGGGAGAUCUCCUCCGAGAUAAAUUAGUCCGGAAGCUGAGGGAACACAAGUUCAGUUUGAUAAUUGAUGAAAGCACGGAUCGCUCAACGAGUAAAACACUUGCUAUCGUUGCCAAAUAUUUUGAUUUUAAGGAAAAUUCAUUUAAAACAGAGAUGCUUGAUAUGAUUAAUAUUUACAAUGGAAAUGCAGAGGGUUCAUCAGGGGAGAAUUUAUUCAAUAUCAUAAUCAAAACAUUAAAUAAUUUUCUGAUACCUUUAAGUAAUGUUAUUGGGUUUGCAGCAGAUGGGGCAUCAAAUAUUUCUGGUAGAAUAAAUAGUGUCACCAGCAGACUGAGGCAAGAGAUGCCAGGAAUAACCAUAAUGAAAUGUGUAUGUCAUAGCAUUCAUCUUUGUUCUAGUGAGGCAGCAAAGGCGCUACCACGAUCUUGUGAAGAUUUGGUCCAGAACAUUUAUAACUUUUUUGCUCACAGUGCCAAAAGAAAGUAUGAAUUUAAAGAAUAUCAACUGUUUUGCAAUAUCAAGCCUCACAAAUUACUCCAUCCAUGUGCUACCAGGUGGUUAUCUCUCCACAGCGCCGUAUCUCGAGUUCUGGAGCAGUGGCAACCUCUUAAACUUUAUUUUUCUAACAUAGUUGAAGAAGAGAGGUUGAUUGCUGUUGAAAAAAUUCACAUGGCACUAAAAGAUCAUUACAUUUUCAUUUAUCUAAAUUUCAUGAACUACAUCCUGCCUCACUUGGAUAGGGUAAAUCUCUUGUUUCAGUCUAAAUCGCAGACUCUGCAUUUCCUUCAUGGCCAAAUUACUGAUUUGUGCAAAGUACUUUUAGAAAAAAUAUGUGAUCCACUUAUCAUAGCUCAAAGACCCCUGCAGUAAAUUGACCCUUCCGAUCCAGCAAACCAUUUGCCUGUAAAUCAAAUUUACCUUGGACCUCAGUUACACCAAUGGUUUCAAACCUCUGAAUAUCUUAGAGAUCCUCAGUUUAUUCCUACAGUGAAGAAAACUUGCAGAAA